AUGGUUGUUACCUCGCCAUUUGUACUCCAGGCUGAAGUACACCCAGAAUAUAAUGCGGCUUCUGCUGUUUACAACUGGAAGUCUUCCAGAACCGGUCUUCAAGUUGUCUUGAUUCAGCAUGAAACUCCAGUGGUCAACGGUUAUUUCGCCGUCGCUUCAGAGGUUUCAAACGAUUCGGGUACUCCUCAUACCUUAGAGCACUUGAUAUUUAUGGGAUCCAAGACGUAUCCUUACAAGGGAUUGUUAGAUACAGUUGGUAACAAAAUGUUUUCAACUACUAACGCUUGGACUGGUACCGAUCAGACUGUAUAUACUUUAGUCACAGCAGGUUGGGAAGGGUUUAGAGAUUUAUUGCCCGUCUAUUUAGAUCAUGUUUUAAAUCCUACACUAAACGAUAACGCAUGUCUAACCGAAGUGUACCAUAUUGAUGGUACUGCUGAGGAGAAAGGUGUGGUGUUUUCUGAGAUGCAAGGAGUCGAGAACACUUCAUCUUCACUUAUUGCUGAAAGAGCACAGAAAUUGUUGUUCAAGGCUGAUAGCGGAUAUUCUAGCAACACAGGUGGAUUGAUGGAUGCACUUCGGGUAUUGACCAACGAAGAAAUUCGAGAUUUUCACAAGUUGAGAUAUACUCCUGAUAACCUUUGUGUUAUAGUCACUGGACCUGUGACUCCUGAGGAACUAAUCAAGGUCAUGAGCGAGUUUGAUAAUUCGUUAGAUUAUGUUAGUGAUGUUAAUUUCAAAAGACCCUUUGUUGAUUCUGAGAGAGACCCUGUUCCUUUAAAGAACACCCGUGAUGAAAUUGAGUUUCCUGAAGCCGACGAAGAUUUUGGUGAAGUGCAAUUGUCAUGGAAGGGUCCAUCUGCUCUUGAGUUGUUGGAUAAUACUGCUCUUCAUAUUCUUGGGUCAUAUUUCACUACCGAGGGAUCAGGUAAACUGCCUCUGGCCAUUGUUGAUGUUUCUGAUCCACUAGCAACUGAUGUCUCAUUCUAUACGGACGACUACAUUGAUACUAUAUGUCACUUUUAUGUUUCUGGUGUACCUACUGAAAGACUAGCUGAAGUCGAAAACGAAGUUCUCAAGGUGGUAGAGCAACAAGUGAGCAAUUUUGAUCUGGCCUUUAUUCGCGAAUGCAUUGUGCGCAAGAAGAACAAGUUCAUUCUUGGUGCUGAAAAAGAUCCAUCGAGUCUGGCCUAUAUUGCUAUUGAUAACUUCCUUUAUGGCUCAAGAGAUGGUAAACAUUUAAUAGAGUGGACACAGGAUGCUUCCGAAUACGACACAUUGUUGAACUGGACUGAGGAUGCAUGGACGGAGCUUAUUACCAAAUAUUUUAUCAAGAAUCCUCGCAUCGUUGUCAGGGGAAGACCCUCCACUAAGUUGUUUGAGCAAUUGAACUCCGAAAAGGAACAAAGGAUAAAGACUUAUAAGGAAAAGUUUGGAGAAGAAGGACUGAAGAAGUUAGAGCGUCAGCUUGAGAGUGCCCAGAAGGAAAACAAUAUGCCUAUUCCGAAUGAAAUUAUCGACAGCUUCCAAGCGCCCAAUCCAGAGCGGAUUCGAUUUAUCCAGACCAACUCAGCCGACGCUGGCCUGGCUUUGACGCCGACUAGCGAACACUCUCGCUUUCAAGAGAGCAUUAUCAGUGACACUCCUAAAGACUUUCCAUUGUACGUGCAUUUUGAACAAUUUGAAUCAAAAUUUGUUGCAGUUCGCAUCUUUUUUUCCUCGUUUGUUGUGGAUGAAGCUUUGUUGCCUUAUAUUGAAGUUCUGUUUUCGGAAUUAUUUUCACUUCCUAUGGUUUUACCAGACGGAACUAAGCUUUCUUAUGAAGAGGUUGUUAGAGAUGUGAAGAAGGAUACUCUGGAGAAUUCCAUCUCAUCAGCGGGUCAAUUUGAGGAGUUCGUUACAUUAAAAUUACAAGCUACUGUUGAAAACUAUUCUAAGGUUGUUGAGUGGGCCAUUCGUGCAUUAUGGUACACUGUUUUUGAUGAAGACAGAAUCAAAGUGCUUAUUGAAAAGCACUUGAAUGGACUAUCUGAAGAAAAGAGAGAUGGAUCCAACAUCUUGUCUUCAGAGAUCCUAAAAGCCACUCUUAGCCCUAGAUCUCUGAAGCGACAGUCAGACAAUCUAGUCUCGGAGGAAUUUUAUGAGGACCUUUUUGAAAAAAUCGAGAAUGGUCAAUUUGAAGAUAUCAAAGCUGAUCUUGAAAAGCUACGUAUGUCGCUAUUCAGUCUCAAUAACAUGCGUGUGCUUGUUAUGGGUGGAAUUGAUCAAAUAAGGAAUCCUGUGGCUUCGUGGAGUUCCUUGAUCGACGCGACGAGAAAAAAGCAUGGCAAUGAACAGAAGGCAGAUUUAGUACCAAUCCCACGGUCUGUUGAAGUUCGUUCUUCAAAGGGUCGUUCGCUUGAAAAAGAAGCAUUCAUCACCCCUAUGUCUGCAUCAGAAUCAUCGUACCUGGCAGUCUUGUCUAAGGGCCCUACUGAUUAUAAAGACGAGGACAUACCUGCUUUGGCAGUUUGUUGUUCAUACCUUCAGGCUGUUGAAGGUCCCCUAUGGCGAGGAGUUCGUGGUACAGGUCUUGCGUACGGUGCCAGUCUUUUUAGAAGCAUGGAACAGGGUCAAAUCGUAUUGGAUAUUUACCGUGGUACAGAUGCCGGUAAAGCAGUUUCCGUUACAAAAUCUAUAGUUGAAGAUCUCUGUGAUGGUAGAGAGAAGUUUGAGAAGCGCUUUAUUGAAGGAGCGAUCAGCAGCAUUGUGAAUUCAAUUGCAUCUAAUGAAUCCAACUUUUACACUGCAGCAUCAUCGAAGUUUUUUGACAACUAUGUUAAGAAGCGAGGACCAAAUUUCAAUCAAAGCUUCAUGGAAGCUAUUAAACAAGUUGGGGAACAACAGUUGCAAUUCGUAUUAAGGAAAUACAUUCGCCCAAUGUUCCACGCUCAUACUUCUAUGGUUUUUGUAGCAUGCAAUGUCUCCAUGGUUGAGUCUCUCCAAAAGCAGCUCGCGUUGUCUGGAUAUGAGGUUACGGUAAAUGCUAUGGUCGGAGCUGAUGACAGUGACGAAGAUGAAUCUGGCGAUGAUGAUGACGAUGAUGAUGAUGAUGAUGAGGACGACGAGGAAGAAGAGGAAUCUGAGGAAGAAAUCGAGGAAUAG